AUGGCGGCGCAGGACCAAACCCCCGUGCCCAUCUCCAUCACCAUCUGCGGCGAUGGAGGCUGCGGCAAGUCGUCCAUCACCCUGCGGCUCGUCCGCUCAGCAUGGACCUCUGACUACGACCCGACCAUCGAGGACAACUACAGCGUCACGCGCGUCAUCGACGGCGUCACCUACCACCUGUGCCUGACUGACACCGCCGGCCAGGAGGAGUACCGUGGCAUGUGGGCGUCCUCCAACCUCGGUGCAGACGCCUUCCUCAUGGUCUACGACAUCACCUCGCGCGACUCCCUCGACGCCCUGCAGCACUUCGACGAGCUCAUCAGCAUGGAGUCCGAGGUGCGCCUCGACAACGCCGAGCGCGCCCGCAUCGCCGGCAUCAGCCCUGCCUACACCGGCUCCGGCGCGGGUUCCAGGACCGUCCAGCCCGUCAAGAUCGUGGCGGGCAACAAGUGCGACUUGCAGGAGAGCAGGACGGUGCCGGCGGCCACGGGCCUCGAGUGGUCGCGUAGCCGCGGCUGCGGCUUCAUGGAGACGAGUGCCCGCAACGAGGUCAACAUCGAGGAGACGUUUGCGCUCAUCGUGAAGCGCGUGGUCGAGGCCCGGAAGCUUGCUGAGGAGGGCGGAGGCGGCGCGGAGAUGAGCGCGCGGGGCAUGACGGCGCCGUUGACGCCUUUGCCUGGCUCGGGGGGCGAAGAGGAUGAGAAGCGCGGUCCUGGUGUUCGGGGUCCCAUACUGAAUGGCGACAAGGUCGGGCGUGGACAAGGUGGCUUUUGGAAGAAGCUGCGUUGUUGGUGA